AUGGCUGGCUUUGCCCGGUCCCGAUGUGCAGCUGCUGGUCAUCUGGCUGCAUCCCUGGCUGCCUGCCACAUCGGGGUGCUCAUGGUCACUGGGGCACUUUCUGGGCACUGCCUGAAUCAGGGGAGCAACGAUGAGCUGUCCGAGAAUGAGGAGGACCUGGAGGAGAAGUCAGAGAGCGAGGGCAGCGACUACUCCCCUAACAAGAAGAAGAAGAAAAAACUCAAGGAGAAGAAGGAGAGAAAAGCCAAGCGCAAGAGGAAGGAGGAUGAGGAGGACGAGAACGAGGAGGGGUGUCUGAAGGAGCCCAAGUCCUCGGGGCAGCUCAUGGCCGAGUGGGGCCUGGAUGACGUGGACUAUCUGUUCUCUGAGGGCGACUACCACACGCUGACCAACUACAAGGCCUUCAGCCAGUUCCUCAGGCCGCUCAUUGCCAAGAAGAACCCCAAGAUCCCCAUGUCCAAAAUGAUGACUGUCCUGGGCGCCAAGUGGCGGGAGUUCAGCGCCAACAACCCCUUCAAGGGCAGCUCUGCCGCAGCUGCCGCCGCGGCGGUGGCCGCCGCCGUGGAGACGGUCGCCAUCGCCCCUCCGCUGGCCGUCAGCCCCCAGCAGGCACCCCAGCCUGUGCCCAUCCGCAAGGCCAAGACCAAGGAGGGCAAGGGGCCUGGCGUGAGGAAGAAGAUCAAAGGCCCCAAGGAUGCCAAGAAGAAGGGCAAGGGCAGGAAGGUGGCCGGGCUCAAGUUCCGCCUCGGAGGCGUCAGCCACAAAAGGAAGAAGGGCUCCUCGAGUGAGGAGGAUGAGCGGGAGGAGUCGGACUUUGACAGCGCCAGCAUCCACAGCUCCUCUGUGCGAUCGGAGUGCUCCGCAGCCCUGGGGAAGAAGAGCAAGAGGAAGCGCAAGAAGAAGAGGAUUGACGAUGGUGACGGCUACGAGACUGACCACCAGGACUACUGCGAGGUUUGCCAGCAGGGUGGGGAGAUCAUCCUGUGUGACACCUGCCCGAGGGCCUACCACCUGGUCUGCCUGGACCCCGAGCUGGAGAGGGCCCCGGAGGGCAAGUGGAGCUGCCCGCACUGUGAGAAGGAGGGGAUCCAGUGGGAGCCGAAGGACGACGACGACGACGACGACGAGGGCGGCUGCGAGGAGGAGGAGGACGACCACAUGGAGUUCUGCCGCGUGUGCAAGGACGGCGGCGAGCUGCUCUGCUGCGACGCCUGCCCCUCCUCCUACCACCUGCACUGCCUCAACCCGCCGCUGCCGGAGAUCCCAAACGGUGAAUGGCUCUGCCCGCGCUGUACUUGUCCCCCGCUGAAGGGCAAGGUCCAGCGGAUCCUACACUGGAGGUGGACGGAGCCCCCGGCCCCCUUCAACUUCGGGCUUCCGGGGCCCGAGCUGGAGCCCGGCGCCGCCCCGCCCAAGGCCCUGGAGGGCAUCCCGGAGAGGGAGUUCUUUGUCAAGUGGGCGGGGCUCUCCUACUGGCACUGCUCCUGGGUGAAGGAGCUCCAGCUGGAGCUCUACCACACGGUGAUGUACCGCAACUACCAAAGAAAGAACGACAUGGACGAGCCGCCGCCCUUCGACUACGGCUCGGGCGACGAGGACGGCAAGAGCGAGAAGCGGAAGAGCAAGGACCCGCGGCACGCCAAGAUGGAGGAGCGCUUCUACCGCUUCGGCAUCAAGCCCGAGUGGAUGGUGGGCCACCGCGUCCUGAACCACAGCUUCGACAAAAAGGGGGACGUCCACUACCUGAUCAAGUGGAAGGACCUGUCCUACGACCAGUGCACCUGGGAGCUGGAUGACAUUGACAUCCCCUACUACGACUCCCUGAAGCAGGCCUACUGGGGGCACAGGGAGCUCAUGCUGGGAGAGGACGCCAGGCUGCCCAAGAGGCUGGUCAAGAAGGGCAAGAAGCUGAAGGACGAGAAGCAGGAGAAGCCUCCGCACACUCCCGUUGUGGAUCCCACGGUCAAAUUUGACAAGCAGCCGUGGUACAUUGACUCCACGGGCGGCACCCUGCACCCGUACCAGCUGGAGGGCCUCAACUGGCUGCGCUUCUCCUGGGCCCAGGGCACCGACACCAUCCUGGCGGACGAGAUGGGCCUGGGCAAGACGGUGCAGACCAUCGUCUUCCUGUACUCGCUGUACAAGGAGGGGCACUCCAAGGGGCCCUAUCUGGUCAGCGCGCCCCUGUCCACCAUCAUCAACUGGGAGCGCGAGUUCGAGAUGUGGGCGCCCGACUUCUACGUGGUCACCUACACGGGCGACAAGGAGAGCCGCUCCGUGAUCCGGGAGAACGAGUUUUCCUUCGAGGACAACGCCAUUCGGAGCGGGAAGAAGGUGUUCCGCAUGAAGAAAGAAGUGCAGGUCAAGUUCCACGUGCUGCUUACCUCCUACGAGCUCAUCACCAUCGACCAGGCCGUCCUGGGCUCCAUCGAGUGGGCCUGCCUCGUGGUGGACGAGGCCCACCGGCUCAAGAACAACCAGUCCAAGUUCUUUAGGGUCUUGAACAGCUACAAGAUCGAUUACAAGCUGCUGCUGACGGGGACCCCCCUGCAGAAUAACCUGGAGGAGCUGUUCCAUCUCCUCAACUUCCUGACCCCCGAGAGGUUCAACAACCUGGAGGGCUUCCUGGAGGAGUUUGCUGACAUCUCCAAAGAAGACCAGAUCAAGAAGCUGCACGACCUGCUGGGGCCGCACAUGCUCCGGCGCCUCAAGGCCGACGUCUUCAAGAACAUGCCGGCCAAGACCGAGCUCAUCGCUGCUGUGGCCCUGGGUGCCAGCCGCUGUCCCCUGCCCGGCAGGAAAUACUACAAGUUCAUCCUGACCCGCAACUUCGAGGCGCUCAACUCCAAGGGCGGCGGGAACCAGGUGUCGCUGCUCAACAUCAUGAUGGACCUGAAGAAGUGCUGCAACCACCCCUACCUCUUCCCCGUGGCCGCCGUGGAGGCGCCCGUCCUGCCCAACGGCUCCUACGACGGCGGCUCCCUGGUCAAGUCGUCGGGGAAGCUGAUGCUGCUGCAGAAGAUGCUCAAGAAGCUGCGGGACGGGGGUCACCGGGUGCUCAUCUUCUCCCAGAUGACCAAGAUGCUGGACCUCCUGGAGGACUUCCUGGAAUAUGAGGGCUACAAGUACGAGCGCAUCGACGGCGGCAUCACGGGGGGUCUCCGGCAGGAGGCGAUCGACCGAUUCAACGGUACCCUCGCCCAGGGGUUCUUGAGGAGACCCUGUCUGCCUCCCGGGCGAGGCCCUGGCCAGGCCACCCGGCUGGACACCCCGUAG